AGAGAGAGAGAGAGAGAGAGAGAGAGACUGACAGUUGGGUUUUGCAAAAUCAAUCUCUUUCUCUCUCUAUCAAAUGGGGAGAAGCCCUUGCUGUGCUAAGGAGGGUCUGAACAGAGGAGCUUGGACUGCUCUUGAAGAUAAAAUCUUGGCGGAUUACAUUAAAAUCCAUGGUGAAGGGAAAUGGAGAAACCUUCCCAAGAAAGCAGGUCUCAAGAGAUGCGGAAAGAGUUGCAGACUUCGUUGGUUAAAUUAUUUAAGACCAGAUAUCAAGAGAGGAAAUAUAACUCAUGAUGAAGAAGAACUCAUUGUCAGACUCCACAAGCUCUUGGGAAACAGAUGGUCACUUAUAGCCGGAAGGCUUCCAGGGCGAACAGACAAUGAAAUCAAGAAUUACUGGAAUACUAAUUUAGGAAAGAAGGUACAACAGGGUCACCCCCUCUCAUCAACCAUUUUGUCUUCUAAGGAAAAUUGCAACUCUAAAGAGAAGAAGAUGAUGAAGAAGAAGGCAACUGUAGUGGAGAGAUCAUCACCACCACCUUCUUCUUCUACUUCACGUGUGGUUCGGACCAAAGCAUUGAGAUGUACAAAGAAGGUUUUCUUAACACCUGAUGAUCAUCAUCAACCCCAAAACCACAAUCAAGUAGGAGGAAUUCAAUGUGGAGAAGAAGAUAAGUCAUCAUCUUCUAUAUCUUCAGAUUUAAUGAUGGACUUAAAUGUGGGAGAAUUCUGCUUUGCCGAUCUUCUCCUUGACUCAUCUGAAUUCUCUCAGUUCUGUCAUUUCAAUGAUGAGGGUUGGAAAGGAAGAAAAGAAUGGAAAGUGAGACAACAUAUAAAUGUGAAGUGA